ACAACUGCUCAGCAUCACUACUAUCUCCCACAGGCACCUGCAGACAUGUCCACUAAAGAGUCUCUAAAGUUUCAGCCUCCAUCUUUGAUUCGAGCACUCAUUCGAGAUGGCAAGCUUGGCAGAAGAAGCACAUCCGGUAUGGCUGAAGGGUACAAGCAGGCCAAUAUUGUCAUCUUGCCCACUGCCUUGGCUGACAACUUUAAACAAUUCUGCCUUGCCAACAGUGGCCCUUUGCCUUUGCUGUACAAGAGCCAGCCUGGAGAAAGUAGGUGCCCUGACCUGGCAGAUCAGUCUGACAUCAGAACAGAUUGUCCCCUGUACUGUAAGUUUCAGGAUGGCAUUUUCUGUGGCGAAGAGUCCAAUUUAUUAAAGUACUCGGGAGAGCUGGAAGACAUGGUGACCUUCUACCUGGGAUGCAGCUUUGGAUUUGAACGUGCUGUUCAGGAAGUGGGGGUGCCCAUCAGAAACGUGGAACAAAAACGCAAUGUCAGCAUGUAUAAGACCUCGGUGCCUUGCCAUGCAGUGGGUUCAUUUCAGUGUAACCUGGUCGUCUCCAUGAGGCCGAUUCCUGAGGGAAAACUGAAUGUGGUUGCACAGGCCACCCUCUCUGCCACUGAUGCUCAUGGGGCUCCAGUUCACAUCGGUCACCCUGGGCUUAUUGGAAUUGAUGAUUUGGGAGUGCCGGAUUUUGGAGAUGCAGUGGAGCUUCAUCCUGGAGAUGUCCCGGUGUUCUGGGCUUGUGGUGUCACAGGGAUGGAAGCUGUAAAGAGCUGCAGGGCACCUCUGGCCUUCACUCACUCUCCUGGCUGCAUGUUCAUCACAGACUGUAACGCAGAGAAGCCAUCUCCUGGACAGUGUCCUGAUGCAGCAGAUUCCAUCCAGGCCAUCUGCAUCUCACAGAAACCCUUACACUUCAGUGUUGCCUCAGAUGCUGCAAUCCAGAAGAUCAGAUCCCUGGAGCUCCUGAUUGGGAAUGACCCAGGACAAAGGGGAAUCCAAGCAUUGUUUAUCCCGGAUGAGCUGCUCAAGGCCUGCCUGUCCAUGUCUCACGCUAAGUCAGUUCUCAUCACCACUGGGUUUCCCACUCACUUUGAUCAGAACCCUCCAGAAGAAACAGAUGGUCCACUAGGAGCCCUGGCCAUGGCUGCCAUGCUGCUGGCACUGCAGAAGGAGGUUUCUAUUGUGACAGAUCUGUGGGCCCUGGAUAUGUUUAGAGAAGUCAUCGCAGAUGCAGUAGAACAAGGUGUUUUAAGGAGUCCAAUCCCCCUUCUGAGCUUCCAGGAAAACAGCAGUGAGUCAGCCCUGAGGUUCUUGUGUUAUGAUGGAAAUUCCCAGACUCCCAGGUAUGACCACUUGGUGGCUAUAGAACGUGCUGGGAUGGCCACCGAUGGCAAAUAUUACAACAUGAGGAAAGUGAACAUCCAACAUCUGGUGGAUCCCAUUGAUAUUCUUUUCAGAAUGGCCAGUGAUAUUCCUAACAUUGCAACCACAGGUAUUGGCGAUGGAGGAAAUGAACUGGGAAUGGGAAAGCUGAAAGACAGAGUGAAGAAACACAUUCCUAAUGGGGACCUGAUUGUCUGUGACGUUGAAGCCGACUUUGCCAUUACUGCUGGUGUUUCAAACUGGGGUGGCUAUGCCAUAUCCUGUGCUCUCUACAUCCUGAGGUGCUGUGUAGUACAUGAGAGAUACCUCCGGAAAGCUGUGGGUUUCCCAACACUCUCCCAUGAGAAGUCUUGGGCAGCCGCACUUCCGACAGUCAGCAAGGAAGAAAAACUAUUGGAAAUCCUGGUAAAAUAUGGAAUUCGGAGUGGGAAGACCGGGAAUCUUGGAAUGGAAGUGGAUGGCCUGCCAUUCCAUGAUGUUCACUCCUCUAUAAUUCAGCAGCUGGCAGAGGUGACUCUACUGUAAAUGAUAAUGUAGACUGCUUUGGAACCCAAAGUUUUGACUCUUAGGGGUCCCAGUGGGUUUUUAUUACUUCUACGUGCUACAGUUUGCUCACCAGUGCCACCUGUUGGCUCAGAGUAAGUAUUACAAUCCUACACACUGCCCAACCUGGACCUAAUUUUGUAUACAGUAAUCCCUCACUUAUCGCGGGAGAUAGGUUCCAAGGCCGACCGCGAUAACUGAAUUUCCGCAAAGUAGGGACACCAUAUUUAUUUAAUUAUUUAACGUGUAUUUGGACGUUUUUAAACCCUCCCUGUAUUGUUUACAACCCACCCUUUACUCUAUUAAUAACAGGGACAACUGCUAAGCAAUAUGAAAUCAGUAGAUAAGUUUACACUUACUGUAUAGCGAAGUACACGUAGCUAUAUAUGACGUGAUGAUGGUGAUGUAUAUGCUGCGCAGUAAAAAUGAUGAUGAUGAAGGUGAUAAUCCCCUGAAUGCAGUAGCAAGAGCACGUUAAAGCUGAAUGAGUGAGAUGAGACUUCCUGGUUAAUGCAGCACUCCGUCGCUGAGCCAAUCAGCAGCACACAGGAACUUAACUGCAUGCUCUGAUUGGGUAGCUUCUCAGCCAUCCGCCAAUAGCAUCUCUUGUAUGAAAUCAACUGGGCAAACCAACUGAGGAAGCAAAUAUCAGAAGUAAAAAGACCCAUUGUCCGCAGAAACCCGCGAAGCAGCGAAAAAUCUGCGUUAUAUAUUUACAUAUGCUUACAUAUAAAAUCCGCGAAGUCGUGAAUCCGCGAAAAGUGAACCGCGAAGUAGCGAGGGAUUACUGUAUUUGCAAAACUGACAAGGUGUACAAUUUUGGAACCCAAUAUAUUGACCCCAGGAGGUCCCAGCUUAACAUUACUUCCUUAGGCAAUGCCCUGUGCUGCUUCAUUCUGCUGGAAUACAAAAAGGAAUAUUGUGUGCUUUUGCAGGGGGUGUUAGGUGAGGCUUGAUGAAGAGAGGAAGUGAAGCACAACACAAAGGAGAAUCUAACGGUUUUUGUUUAACUUCUGCAUUGUUGGCUUUUCUUCAUAGUUUAAGCACUAUGAACUGUUCACCUUGAACUAAGAGAACAAGUCAGCCAUGACAGCAUUCGUGAUGUGGAAAGCAGCCCGGACACAGACAGGCAGACACUGAUGGUUCAAACCCAAGCACACGUUUAUUCACAUUCCGCUAUGUACAAGUGCGCACGCACAACCCAGUGCCCCUGCCCCAAUCACCCUCAGGUCCAGGCCUUUGCCUCGCUCUCUCCUGACCGCCUCCACUCCUCUCCACCAAGUUUGUCCUCUUCCACCCGACUCCAGCUAUCGAAUGGAGGGAGGCGGCCCCUUUUAAGUCCACCCGGACGUGCUCCAGGUGUCUCCUGAUGAACUUCUGCUGGCACUUCCUGGUGUGGCGGAAGUGCUGGCUGAGCACCCGGAAGCACUCCGGGUGUCCCUGGUCCCUGGUGCUGACGUCCAGAGCUCUUCAGGCCCCUAUAGGGUUGAGCUUCCAAGCUGUGUUCCCGUGGUCCCCAUACCAACCAGAGCAGCUGCCCUCUCGUGGUCCAGAGGAGGCGGAGUCCCUCUCGUGGUCCUUCCAGGCGUCCCAGGUGGGUACUGCCCCCAGCCGCUCGCCACAGUGGCUACAACUCAGCAAGGAGUUACCGCAAUUCUGGAUUCUAAUCAGACCUGUUAAGAGCAAAUUCUUGACUCAUGAGAGCAGAGGCAUUGAUUGAAAGGCAGAGUGGAUGAUGGAUGGGACAGCUAGCAAGAACAGCAGGGUCACAAUAUAAAAAAACAAAUAAACCAUUGCUUUCUUUCCUUAAGCCAUUCCACAAAUAUACCAGGGUGAUGCUGGGUACCUUGGCUAGUUAUUACAUAAAAAAGAAACAAUCCAAUCUACAUCCACUUUCCAAAUGCAGACUAACUAUUGGCUUCCACUCCCCCUGGUACUACCCAGCAUGCCCUUGGUGAACUACUUCUUCAUUUUCUAGCAGCCUUGCGCAGUGUGCCUCACACAGGAGGGUCUCGGCCACCGCAGUGACUUCGGCUAUGCUGUAGAAAAUGUCAGUUACUCUAUCCAUCGUAAAGAGUUUCUCAAGCUGCUCUUGCAACAUCCAACCCUCAUCGCUGACAUUACAGUUUUCACUUCUAGCCUGGAGGUCACUGCUGUGACUGAUGUUACUGUGGCUCUGAAGCUCUCAGUGUUUCCUGCAUGAAGACCAUUUGUUCAAAUGUGUGCUGUUCUCAGAGUACUCUCUACAGAAAAAGAAUGGACAAUGCUGGGCACGUCCGCGGUCUCACCAUUCACCCAGUCAUCUUUUUAAUCCUCUCUCUUGUUCAUUAUCUUUUCCAUCCAUCCAUUAUCCAACCCGCUAUAUCCUAACUACAGGGUCACGGGGGUCUGCUGGAGCCAAUCCCAGCCAUCAUAGGGCGCAAGGCAGGAAACAAACCCUGGGCAGGGCGCCAGCCCACCGCAGGGCACACACACCAAGCAUACAUUAGGGACAAUUUAGGAUCGCCAAUGCACCUAACCUGCAUGUCUUUGGACUGUGGGAGGAAACCCACCCAGACACGGGGAGAUCAUGCAAACUCCACGCAGGAAAGCAAACCCAGGUCUCCUAACUGUGAGGCAACAGCGCUACCACUGCGCCACCGUGCCGCCACACUAUCUUCUCCCCAUUGCUCUGCAGUUCCACAUCCAUCCUUCUAUUGAAUCCAUUUCAAUCAGCAUCAGGCAUAAGGUAGGAACAGAGUGUCUGUUCAAAAGAUAAAAGUGCAGACUUCACCCAGAAAGUGAGUGGGCACAGGAUACUGGCGGUAAGAGGAGCAGCAGCACUACCAGUGUGUCUCCACUGUCACACACGUGUGAAUAGGAGGCAGCUGAAGCAGGGCUUGGAGAAUAAUGGUAACACAUCUGCCCAGGGGGGUGGCACGGUGCACUAACGCUCUUUCCAAGUUCCCUGCAGACCUUUCCCGGGAAAUCCCACCAGGAGCCACUGCCUCAACUCGGGACACGCCACUUCUGGUCCCGGCCCCGAGGACGACAUCACUUCCCCCAGACUUCCUCAUAAAGCCUCACUCCCUUCCUCUGGAAUUCAGUUCUGUUUUGGUCUCGGUCUUGUAAACUUGACUUACAUUCAAACUUUUACUUUUUUGCAGCCAGGAUACAGAUUACACGAGUGGCUGACCCAAACCUUUGCCAUGUCUCAUGUCUCUUCUUGUCAUGCCAUUCAUUCUUUUUCUUUUCUCUUACUUUUCUUCUCCUCCUUUCUUUCACAUUUCCCACCUUUCUCCAUUUAUUUCAUCAGUGGACUGAGAAUAUGGAACAGUGUUGUGACAAGGGGGCACCGCCCCCUGCUCGCUUCGCUCGCCUACCCCCGGCGUUGGGUAUCCUGAAAUACAUUAGUCGACCCAAGCAGCACAUUAUUCCUAACUUCACUCCGCAGUAGUGCCACUCACAAUAUGGCGCUGACGCCUGUGCCUUCACUCCGCAGUAGUGCCACUCACAAUAUGGCGCUGACGCCUGCGCCUUCCUUACUUUAUGGACCCGUGGGGCCUCCGUAGCCUCUUCUGUUUGAAUCUGGGCUGCAGCGCAGAGUCCUCUUUUUUGUGUGGCUGUCGGUAGUCGUUAGCUAUGGGCGCGUUGUUGCUUCAUUUCUCAUUCACGUCAGUUGAGCUCUUUCGUUUUUGGGCCGUGACUCCUUCGUGCGCGGUGGAUACAACUUUGCGUGCGGUUUAUGAGAUGCGCGCUGUACGUGCCUGCGCAGUACGUCUCAUGGUCCCAUCGCCGUGUACCUGCGUCCAUGCCGUCCGGUUUACUAUUCUCGGUUAGUAAUAUGGAUAAGAUGACACGAUGCCCCUGUCACUCGAAGGUCCUCUUUGUCACUCUUUAGUGUGAUUUUUUUUUUUGAUUUCUGAAUUUCUUCGUUUGACAUACUUUUUCUCUGAUGUGUGAGAAAAGAGGAAAUGAACCCCGUGCCAGUUCUUGUGGUGCACUUCCUAAAGUUUUAGAAUUACGGGACUUGACUUUUUUUUAAAUCCACAUGGUGUUGUUCCAUUGUAGAGAGCGUUACGGUUUAUGUCAGUUUAUCCAGACUCUGCUGGCAUUUACAUUUUAUUCAUUAAUAGUACAGAACCUCUAAGUGAUACCACACACCACGAUUCAUGUGCCCCUUAAGAGGCAUUCGCUCUCUGGAAAUGUGUUCUUUUAUAUUGCGGCAUUUUAAUUAACCUGAAUUAUAAAUUAUUAUAAAUUAAAAAGGUAUUAUCCCACCCAGCAUGCAAAAUGACGGUUACAAGCUUACACGACAAGUUAGGAUAAUUCUAGCUCUUUAUUGACGGUUUCACGCGGCAUUACAAACAGGAAGCUUAUGACAGACAUAUCAAGCCGUGGGACUCUUGAUCUGUGUAGACCGUCAUCUUUCGUUGCCAUGCUGAAAGGAUUUUAGCCAGACAGAAGACAUAAUCUUCUGCUCGGCCUCGGACAGAAGACAUACUCUUCCGCCCGGAAGCUUCAAAGUGUUGGCCGUAGUUGUCCAUUCUUAUAUACUGUUGCUCCAUGUGCAGGCUCUUGGCUCCGGGUCCAAACAAGGGCAGGAAAGGACUCAAACCCCACCUUCAAACACACAGGAAUAGCACAAUGCCCACAUACGGUUCCCAUUCUCCCAACAAGGAAAGGUUUCUGUGCUGACAGAAGACAGAAAUAUACGAGUCUGUCUUUAGGCUGACUAUUCAAUUCUCCAGUUGUCUUUGGGUCUCUAGUCCUGUGCUUGGCUCGGCAAUUCUAAAUGCUGCUGCUGUGCCCCUGUGUACCAUACUUGGUCUGCCUGUAUGAAUGAGUCCGUAACAGUGGGCACAGAGAACAGUGACAUUAAACUUAAAUAAAAAAACACAUAGUAUAACACCAUCUAAACCCCCCUGAGUUUUAUCUAUGGCUAUCAUUGUAAACUGUUUUUGAAGACCACAUUAAUGAGUUCUUGCCAAGUUCCGAAAAAAAUCCUGAACAGACCUUCAUUAAGUGAAUUUGAAUACAGUGCAUGUUUCCCACUGAAUUAUGGAGGGUAAGCCAAACAAGACUUUGUGCGAUCACCAGGUGCAGAAUAUAUUACAGCGGAUUUUGCAUAGCACACGUUUAUGCCACCUGGUAUUCCCCCAGAUAUUACUUUUAAGGUGUUAGGAGUCAUUUUUAAUCCAAGGCGUAUGAACAUUUUUGCCAGAAUGGUUUAACUGUAGGACUUCUCCUCAACAUACGGUCUAGUGAGGUAAGUACUUGAUAAACAAUAGAACAAUGGUGACAAGAACGGGCCAUUCAUCCCAACAAGCUCUCCUAUCCUGUUCACCUAGAUUCACUAAAAUAACUUCAAGUCGAGAGUGAAGGUCCUUAAUGUCUCACACACCUUGAUACUUUAUUCCAUGUGCCUAGGAUUCUUUGUACGUUUUUGUGAACUCUGCCCUUAACACGUUUCCAACAACUGUGUUCCUGUUGAAGAAUUUAUUUUAAACUUACAGGAACACUAGAAAAAUCCAGAAGAGUACAACAGGCCACUCAGCAUAACAAAUCUUAUCCGUCUUUUCCACUUAAUUCUUCUAAAAGAAAUAUGAAGUUGAGUUUUGAAAGUCCCUAAACUCCUCCUGUCGACCACACUACUUGGUAACAACGUAUUCCUAGGUGUCUGUGGUUCUCUGUGUAAAGAAAAACUUAACGUUUGUGUGAAAUUUAACAUUAAGAAGCUCUGAAAGAGACAAAUGGACUUUGGGAGGAUUUUCAUUUUGAUAAUAUUGAUUUUCCCAGGUAACUAAGAUCUGUUCAUAUCCUGUUUGAUGUUUUUCAUAAUAUUACCAAAAGUGUGUUUAAAGAGGUCUUUAUAUUUCCUUCUAUGUAAUAAUUCCCAGAUAUUUAAAGUGUUCUGAUACAAUCAGUGAAAAAUGAUCUAGCCAGAGAAUUCAGUGGAGAAAAAUUAAUUUUAAAGAGUUGAAGUUUAUUUAUUACUAGACAAAGAGCCCAUUUUAAAAACGUAAGAUGAAACGGGCACGAGUGGAAUAGUAAUAAGUAUCAGCACCACAAACCUGAUAUAGGUGUAUUGAAUGAAUGCGUAAUUAGGCCUCGAGCUGUAGUCGAAAUCGCCUUUCAGGCCUCUGGAGCUUUAAUCGAAGUCGCCUUUCUCUUUGAAUUUUUGCGUCCGUAAAUCCACCGCCUGCCGCGAUGUCGGUCUCAUAAGGUUUUUCGGGCAGCUGCGCAGAAGGCUUCGGACGGACGUGAGUGAGUGAGGAGACUGGCAAAUUAUAUAUAAGAUUACAAACUGAGGGUUCACCCAAACAGUGUAUAAAGUAAUUAAAUCCAGGCAUUUAUCAUGAAGCCAAGCCCAAAUUUGCAGAAUUCAGUAAAUAUAUGACACAUAUUUUUAGGAGGUCACUGUGCACUGGAGAGAUUCUGAAGGACUGGAAAAUGGCAAAAAUCAUCCCAUUAUAUAAAAAGGGUGACAGGGCAGAUCAGAGCAACUAUAAGCCAGUAAGCUUAACAUCAAACAUCACAGGAAAAUUAAUGGAAGGAAUUAUUAAGGAUAAGAUUGAGAAACACCUGGCAAGGACAGGAGUCAUUAGGAGCAGUCAGCGGGGGGUCAGACGAGGAGGUCGUGUUUUACUAACAGGCUGGAAUUCUAUGAGGAGGCAACAAAAGGAUACAAUCAGAGUGGAGCAGAUGAGAUUAUUUAUCUGGACUUUCAGAAAGCAGUUGAUGAGGUGCCACAUGAGAGGUGGGCAUCAAACUAAAAGAAGUGGGAGUUCAGGGUGUGGGGUGUAAGUGGGUGCAGAAUUGGCUCAGACACAGGAAACAGAGGGUGACGGUGCGAGAAACCUCAUCAGAACUGGGUGAUGUUAAGAGAGGUGUCCAGCAGGGGGCAGUGCUGGGGCCGCUGCUGAUUUUAAUAUAUGGAAAUGAUUUCGAUAGGAAUAUAAGGUUCAAGGUUCUGUUACUUGCCAUUUGUGCAUAAAACCAACAGUUAAAGCACAUUGGAAUUCUUGUGCAGAGCUCUGUCCGAGUCAUAGUAAAACAUUUAAAAAAAGAUUAAAAAACAGUAAAACAAAAUAAAAUAAUGUAGAUUAUACCAGCACUAGGGGGCUCCGCCCCCUGCUCGCUUCGCUCGCCAACCCCUGGCGUUGGGGCAUGACAAAGAGUGAGAUGUAUGAAUGAGAUAUAGAAUAGUGUGCAGGUGUGGAUGAUGCAUAUAGAAAGCAAACAAUACAGUGUUUGGCACAGAGUAAUGGUUUAUUGGAAUAUUUCUUUGUACACAACAUUAGUAGUAAAGAUGGUGUCCUGUCCUUGAAUGAGUCUUCCUUGGCAUGGAUCAUUUAUAACUUUAACUUUAACGUCAGACGAACAUCGAACACGUGAGAAGGCAACAUAAAGUUGUCCAUGUCCAAAAACGGGUUCAGAGAGGUAGAUGCCAACCUUGUCGAUGGUUUGUCCUUGUGAUUUGUUGAUGGUCGUGGCAAAUGCAGGUUUAAUGGGGAACUGUUGGCAUUUCAAUGUAAAAGGUAAAUCCAGGUCAGAACUCGUAAGGUCAAUUCUAGGAAUGAGAACAGUAUUGUUAGAAUGUGAUUCUGUAAGAACUGUUGCUUGAAUAACAUUGUGUGUCAUGGUGUUGACGAGUAAACGUGUGCCAUUGCAUAAACCCUGUUUAGUGUUAAGGUUUCUUAAUAGCAUGAUUAUUGUUCCGUUUUUAAGGCUAAGAUUGUGUUGUGGUAAUCCGGCUGGGUUAAUAGUGUUCAAAUAUUCUAAGGGGAAAUUUAGAUGUUCAUUGUUGUCAUCAGAGUCAACUUUGUCAGAGCUUAGAAAGAGACGUGCCUCUCCAGGAAGUAAUGAAAUGACCUGGUUAUUAAUGUGAUCAACAUUAAUAUUUUUUGGACAUAAUAUAGUGCGUUGUGUUAAAAGGGGUAUGGAAGGUUCAUUCGUUGAUAGAUUGCGUCAUUUGGAUCUAGGAUGUAGAUUUGUGCAUAUUUGCGUUGUUGAUUUGUUUCAGGGUGCACUGUUCCAAUGCGAUGUAAUAUUUGUCCACAUACAGUGGUGUGAAAAACUAUUUGCCCCCUUCCUGAUUUCUUAUUCUUUUGCAUGUUUGUCACACAAAAUGUUUCUGAUCAUCAAACACAUUUAACCAUUAGUCAAAUAUAACACAAGUAAACACAAAAUGCAGUUUUUAAAUGAUGGUUUUUAUUAUUUAGGGAGAAAAAAAAUCCAAACCUACAUGGCCCUGUGUGAAUAAGUAAUUGCCCCCUUGUUAAAAAAUAACCUAACUGUGGUGUAUCACACCUGAGUUCAAUUUCCGUAGCCACCCCCAGGCCUGAUUACUGCCACACCUGUUUCAAUCAAGAAAUCACUUAAAUAGGAGCUGCCUGACACAGAGAAGUAGACCAAAAGCACCUCAAAAGAUAGACAUCAUGCCAAGAUCCAAAGAAAUUCAGGAACAAAUGAGAACAGAAGUAAUUGAGAUCUAUCAGUCUGGUAAAGGUUAUAAAGCCAUUUCUAAAGCUUUGGGACUCCAGCGAACCACAGUGAGAGCCAUUAUCCACAAAUGGCAAAAACAUGGAACAGUGGUGAACCUUCCCAGGAGUGGCCGGCCGACCAAAAUUACCCAAGAGAGCAGAGACGACUCAUCCGAGAGGUCACAAAAGACCCCAGGACAACGUCUAAAGAACUGCAGGCCUCACUUGCCUCAAUUAAGGUCAGUGUUCACGACUCCACCAUAAGAAAGAGACUGGGCAAAAAUGGCCUGCAUAGCAGAUUUCCAAGACGCAAACCACUGUUAAGCAAAAAGAACAUUAGGGCUCGUCUCAAUUUUGCUAAGAAACAUCUCAAUGAUUGCCAAGACUUUUGGGAAAAUAUCUUGUGGACGGAUGAGACAAAAGUUGAACUUUUUGGAAGGCAAAUGUCCCGUUACAUCUGGCGUAAAAGGAACACAGCAUUUCAGAAAAAGAACAUCAUACCAACAGUAAAAUAUGGUGGUGGUAGUGUGAUGGUCUGGGGUUGUUUUGCUGCUUCAGGACCUGGAAGGCUUGCUGUGAUAGAUGGAACCAUGAAUUCUACUGUCUACCAAAAAAUCCUGAAGGAGAAUGUCCGGCCAUCUGUUCGUCAACUCAAGCUGAAGCGAUCUUGGGUGCUGCAAUAGGACAAUGACCCAAAACACACCAGCAAAUCCACCUCUGAAUGGCUGAAGAAAAACAAAAUGAAGACUUUGGAGUGGCCUAGUCAAAGUCCUGACCUGAAUCCAAUUGAGAUGCUAUGGCAUGACCUUAAAAAGGCGGUUCAUGCUAGAAAACCCUCAAAUAAAGCUGAAUUACAACAAUUUUGCAAAGAUGAGUGGGCCAAAAUUCCUCCAGAGCGCUGUAAAAGACUCAUUGCAAGUUAUCGCAAACGCUUGAUUGCAGUUAUUGCUGCUAAGGGUGGCCCAACCAGUUAUUAGGUUCAGGGGGCAAUUACUUUUUCACACAGGGCCAUUUAGGUUUGGAUUUUUUUUUCUCCCUAAAUAAUAAAAACCACCAUUUACAAACUGCAUUUUGUGUUUACUUGUGUUAUA